AUGGGUAAGAAGGCGAAGGCGCAGUCCGUAGAGGGUGCGCCAGAGGUGGCUACCCCGGUUACUGCUUCGAGCACGGCUGGAGGAUUUCCAUUGGCAGCUACGAAGGUUGAUCCUGGCCUUGCGGCACUGUUUGCGCAGAGUGCUGGCCCUGUGAAAGAACCUGAAUUGAAGCCUACAUAUAGACAGGAGAGGAAGUAUAAUGAAGUAGAGGAAGAUGAAGAUGAAGAAGAGGAAGUCGAAGACGAAGAUGAAGAAGAGGAAGUCGAAGAUGAAGACGGGGAUGAGGAGGAAGAUAUAGAAAUGGAGGACAUGGAGGAGGAGAAAAGGUCACGCAAACGCAAGAGAGGAGCGGAAAACGAAGACCUUGAAGCUGCCUACCUACAACGUCUAGCCAGGGAAGAUGACCGAGAGAGCAAGAAGGAAACUGAAAAACCCAAGCGGGUGAAGACCACGGAAGACGAUAAAACAGAGGAGGAAGAGAACGAGGAAGAAGAAGUUGACGAGAUACCCAUGCACGAAUCCCUUACGAACAAGAAAGCAGACCCCAUGGACAAGGCAUCCCGCACCCUCUUCCUCUCCAACGUCUCGACAGACGCCAUAAAGUCGAAAUCCGCCAAAAAGACACUCCUCGCACACCUUUCUUCCGUACUACCCAAGCCAUCGUCUACAGAUCCUGCCACCGUACAUAAGGUAGAGUCUCUCCGAUUCCGUUCGACCGCCUUCUCCUCCACCGCGCUACCUCGUCGAGCAGCCUAUGCGAAAAAGGAGCUCAUGGACUCGACUACAAAGGGCACGAACGCCUACGUGGUUGCUAGACAGACAUAUACGCGUCGACAGCGUCUCGAAGCCAGCGCCCACAGACCAUAA